UGAAAGCCUCUCCUGCAACGACCUGGACCUCCAAGAGCAAGUGCCAAUUCGGCAGUCCACUUACUGGAGCUGCCCUCCGUGAAGAACUGCUCUCAUCCGAUUGUGCACUUCUAGCUAGAUCUUCUUCUUUCUUCAGGUGCCAAUCCGGGAUGGAGGAAGAAGACGAAGGCAGGAGAGGGGUUCCCUCUCUGCUCAGACCCUCUGCUGACACCCAGGAGCACAUCGCCUCCGACAUCACCCAGCUCGUGGGAUGGACGCCGCUGGUGGAGCUGAACCGGAUCACCGGUAAAGGCAAGGACGCCAUGGCCGCCCGGGUCGUCGGCAAGCUGGAGCUCUACCAGCCGCUGUGCUCCGUCAAGGACCGCAGCGCCCUGCGGAUGAUCGACGACGCGGAGAAGAAGGGCGCCAUUGUCCCCGGCGUCACGACCUUGGUGGAGCCGACGAGCGGCAACCUGGGGAUCGGCGUGGCCUACGUCGCCGCGCUCCGGGGAUACAGCUUCGUCGCCGUCAUGCCCGCCGACUACUCGCUCGACAAGCAGAUCCUGCUAAGAUAUCUCGGCGCCCAGGUGAUUCUAACAGACCCUGCACUUGGCUUUCAAGGGCAGGUGGACAGGGUGGAGCAGCUCAAGAAGGAUCUGUCCAACGUGCACGUCCUUGAUCAGUUCACCAACGCAGCAAAUCCUGAUGCACACUUUACAUGGACCGGACCUGAUUUAGUAGUGUUGGUUUUGUGCCACAUAGGGCCUGAGAUUUGGAAGGACACGGGGGGCAAGGUGGACAUCUUUGUGGCUAGUUCAGGGACAGGAGGCACCAUAUCUGGCGUGGGGAAGUAUCUCAAGAUGAAGAACCCAUCCGUGAAGAUCAUUUGCGUUGAGCCUGCUGAGAGUCCGGUCAUUUCAGGUGGCAAGCCUGCUCGGCAUAAAAUUCAGGGAGUCGGCCCAGGCUUUGUGCCGGAGAACCUGGACACCUCGCUCGUCGACGAGAUCAUCACGGUGAAUGCAGAGGAUGCGAUGGCAAAUGCAAGGAGGCUGGCAAGGGAGGAAGGCUUGCUCGUGGGCAUAUCGUCCGGAGCUAAUCUGGCAGCUUGCCUGAAGGUGGCGUCGAGGAAAGAAAACGAGGGGAAGAUGAUUGUCACCGUGUUUCCCAGCGGCGGCGAGAGGUACAUGAGCUGUGACCUCUUUGCAGCCGCAAGGGAGGAGUGCAUUGCCAUGACCUUUUGAUCUCGUGUAACUCAUUCUAGAUGGGAGGAUAUGUUUGAUACCAAUGGACAAAGUAAUGAUGCAUGGCUUGUGUGUUGAUACACCUGCCUAGAUCAUAGUGAUUGCCAAUAAUGUGAGUUCUGUUUCAACAAACCUUUAGUUAUGUGAUGGGUCUACAGGUGAAACCGAAAA